ACAUGAAGGUUGGAGACGUGAUCUCAGUGUUCUCCGACCUGGAGGGAAAGUGCACCCGCGGAUCUUUGAGCUUUCAGGGGAAAACAGCGUAUUUAGGUAACGGAGUCGCCGAAAUGGAUCGCUCCAGCAUCUUCUGCUCUAACGAACCUGUCAGAGGUGUUGGUGUCCGUAUGACUGAGCCCCUUUAUCAGAGUCCCUCAUUUGAUGGCGUUCUACCCAACCUGGUGUUCCUACAGAACCUUCCCUCUGUGGUGGUGGGACACGUGCUCGGGCCUCGACCAGGAGAGCGGAUCCUGGAUAUGUGCGCCGCGCCCGGAGGGAAGACCUGCCACAUCGCUGCUCUGAUGGGAGAUCAGGGUGAGGUCGUGGCUCUGGAGAGGAUCAGAAAUAAGAUCGACCGCAUUCGUCAAAAUGCUCAAACCUUAAAUCUGAGCUGCAUUAAAACUUUCUGCUUCAACAGCACUAAGGCUGUGAGCAGCGACCCGACUCAAGAGACUGAAGGUCCUCCCUUCCCCCCUGAGAGUUUCGACCGGGUUCUGCUGGACGCUCCGUGCAGCGGCCUCGGACAGAGACCCAACAUGGCGAGCACCUGGAGCCUGAAGGAGAUCUGCUCCUACCAGCCGCUGCAGCGCAAGUUAUUCCACGCUGCGGUGCGGUUGUUGAAGAAAGGCGGAGUCCUGGUUUACAGCACCUGCACGGUGACGCUGGCGGAGAAUGAGGAGCAGGUAGCUUGGGCGCUCGAUGCCUUCCCGUGCCUCACUCUUCAACCUCAGGAGCCUCACAUCGGCGCUGAGGGCAUGCUGGGAGCCGGCCUGUCACCUGAGCAGCUGCGCCUCCUCCAGAGGUUCAGUCCUGAGCUGAGCUGGGAGCAGACCGACCCGACCACGACUCCCCUCCCCUGCAGAGUCGACGGAGACACUAUAGGCUUCUUUAUUGCCAAGUUCCUGAAAAACUGACUGGAGGGGGAAAUGUUUUCUCUCUUUUUUUUUUCUCCCCCCCCCCUCUCGUCAACACGCGGGACGGCACCACCAAAAACCUCACACGAGACUGCAGAUGGGAACAAUAGUGUUUAUAUUACGACACUCUGUGUGCUUUGACGGGGCAGUGUUGACAAAGACGCUCGCAGUGCUGUUUACAGCGUCUGCCUCUUAACAGCUGCUCUCUGAAACUGCGGGCCAUAUAGGGAUAAGCUUUAUAAACACACACAGAGAGAGAGAGAGAGAGAGAGAGAGAGAGAGAGA